AUAAAACUCCUCUCUCGUUUCUCUCACCUCGAAAAAUAACGCUUCUUUCGUUUCUCUCUGUUGCUCACUUUCUUAUACCCCAAAAUUCAUCUUUUCUUUCUCCUUCAAUUUUUUAGGGUUUCACUUUGUUAUUAUUUCCAAAUUGCAGCAUCUUUUCGCGAUUUGUAAGAUAAAAUGAGGCCAAUCUUCUGUGGCAACUUUGAUUUUGAUGCACGUUCUUCUGAUCUGGAGCGUCUUUUCAGACGAUAUGGCAAAGUUGAUAGAGUGGAUAUGAAGUCUGGUAAUUAUUUUGAUCUAUUCCUUACAUGUUAUCUAUUCCUGUAUGUUUCAUGUUCAACCACUCUAAUAUUUUGUAGUGAUUUUCUUGAUUUUCUGAAUGCAAUCAAUUUUUUGCUCAAGAAAUAAGCUGUCAUGCCAUUGUUAUUGAUGCCUUUGGUGUAGCGGCUCACAUCUUGGAUCUUUUUAGGCCCUCUUUGUUUAUAUUUUAUGGGGUGGGUAAAAGUUUGGAACUUGCCUUGAUGUCAAAUUCUUAAGGUUUACCUGUGUUAUUGCAAGAGUUUUGGAGGUUUUCAAUUUGACGUUGAUUGUUCUAUAAAUGUAAGUUAUUUAAUUCGCUUUCACCCCUAUUUUUUUUGGAUUUUAAUGUGUUUCAAACGAUUGAAUCAACUGAUUCUUUAAUUUGCUAAGGGAACCUUAUGUUUAUUAUUCUUUUGACUUGUGAGAGAAUCACUGUUACACCUUGCAAAUUGUUUUCACUAUUAUUCUUCCUGUUGUCUCUCAUGUGAGAAAACGCAUAUUGUUAAAAAGAAAAUUUGCAUCUUUUGAGUCGCUUUGACACAUAGUCAUCCAACUAUUGCUUUUCUACUUUGUAAGGAGAAACUGAAUUGCUAAGUGCCAUCAUGCCAUCGUUUUGGCGAAUCUAAGUUAUUUUACAUUUAUGAUACUCCGGAUUCUAGUAUUGUUAUCUUGUAUGUAAUGAAAUUCAUUGCCGAACCAUUUUGCCGAAAACGAUCGUUCUUCAUGGCAGUAGUUGUGCCUGUUAAAUUCAAACUUUAUGCACAAACAUUGUCGGGCAAGAAGUUGCAGAGUCUGAAGUGGAUCCCGCAAAUGUAGAGCAAUAUGUCUGUCGUGUAGCUGGAUUUAUGAGGACUCAAAUAAUAUGAGAUGCUUCAGAGGCCUUUUGAGCUCAAAUUUUUUGGGAACAUAGCAUGUUAAAGAUCAAAGUCUAUGAAGCUGAUCCUGUAACACCGAGCAAACUGGUGCAGAGGUGCAUGCUCGAUUUUUGGGUCCGAAGGGAUCAUUUCAGACAAUCUGUGUCAGUUGUUGAGCUAUAACGGGGUUCAAGAUUCAUUUAGAAGAAAACUUUUUUGUUUAAAAAGUGUCGGCCCCCAUACUCAACAAUUUCUUUGGCGCAGGAAUUUAUUGGCAUAUUCUUAUCUCCCUUGGCUGAUGGAUGGGCCAUUCCUUAUAUUUCCAGCUUAUGUCACAUUUUCCUCUUCUUGUUCAAAGAAGAGCCUGUCUGAUCCAUCCCCGAUGGCACUACCAUUCUGCACUUGCAUGAGACACCAUCAUUGCCUCCCAUUCCUUCUGACAUCUGUCCAGCCUCUAAUUUCGGACAUGUUUCAUGGCACUUACCUUGCCGGCCUCGCAGCUCAGGCAGCAGCAUACAUGGAGAUGUCCCCACUAGCACUGACAUACCAUGAACUUUUGGAAUUUGUCCUUGACAUCAUUUAGUCGAUCUGAGAAGGUCUGUUGGAUUUGCAUUCGUUUAUAUGGAUGACGACAGAGAUGCUGAAUAUGCAAUUCGAGCUCUUGAUAGAUCUGAAUUUGGUAGAAAAGGGCGGAGGCUUCGUGUUGAGUGGACUAAGCAUGAACGAGGUGGCAGAAAACCAGUUAGUACAAGAAGAUCUGCCAAUUCAAGGCCUUCUAAGACCUUGUUUGUUAUCAAUUUUCCUUAUGAAACCAAGACAAGGGACUUAGAAAGGCAUUUUGAUCCAUAUGGGAAGAUCGUAAAUGUAAGAAUCAGAAGAAAUUUCGCUUUUGUGCAGUAUGAGUCCUUGGACGAUGCUACUAAAGCUCUCGAUGCAACAAACUUAAGCAAGUUAAUGGACCGAGUCAUAUCAGUUGAAUAUGCUGCUCGAGAUGAUGAUGAGAAAAGAGGUGGUUAUAGUCCGGAUAGGAGAGGCCGUGAUAGGUCACCUGAUAGGAGGAGGAGGUCACCAAGUCCUUACAAGAGAGAGAGGGGAAGCCCUGACUAUGGAACUGGCUCUAGCCCUGUUGCCUAUAGGAGAGAGAGAGGCAGCCCUGAAUAUGGGAAUCGCUCAAGCCGUAGUCCGCGACGAGUACAGAGGAGUCCUGAAUAUGGGAAUCGCUCGAGCCGUAGUCCUCGUCGAGUGAGGAGCCCUGAAUAUGGAAACGGUUCAAACCGUAGUCCUCGUCAAACAUCAAGGAACAGCCCACAUUAUACUCGUGCACGGAGUUCCAGCCCUCGAAAUGAAGAGAGGCGUUCCCCUGAUUUGCGUGACCGUAGUCGAAGUCCUCGUGGAGAGAAAAAUGGGAAUGAUUAUGGUCGUCGCCCAAGCUCAAGCCCCUAUCCUGAAGAAGGGGCCAUCUCUGAUGAAGUUCAAGAACCCAGGAGUCCGAUUAACAAGCCUGUCUCAAGAGAUAGCCCUAUUGGUGAAUAUGGAAGCCCAAUCGACGACAGAUAUAGAAGUCCCUCACCUCCAACACGCGAAAGAUCACAAUCUUGAUCUCUAUGCUUUGCUUAAAUAUUGGUCCAGAUGUUUGGCUACUUUCUUUUGGCACCGGUUCUUAAGGCGUUAGCUGUGACAUUUUCUAUUCAAUUUUAUGUCAGACUCAUAAUAGUAGUUUAAAUAGCUGAAACAUUAGUUAGUCCAGGUCUGUAUUUCAGAGUAUUUAUGUAAUUCUCACCAAUUUACCAUGACAAUGGAUCCUAAAUUUGAUUGUUGAAAUCCUGAAUGUGAUUCUUAUCUCUCA